CGUUGCACGGGGGAAGCUCGCCAAGAUCUGAGCGGAAGGAGCGUGUGAAAACUCUACAUUAUUCCCGGUGCCUUACGCAAGAUAGUUUUAAGUUUAACUCGGCAUUAUGUCCACGAUGCCCAGUCCAAAUAUAAAUCAGCGGCUCGCGUUGUUUUCAUUACCGGAAAUCGUCAUAGCUGCGGCUGAAAGAGUCUGCAGCAUCUGCUAGCGUAGCGAGCUAACCGCCGGCAGCCGGCGUUCACGGUCCGGAAGCCGGGUGGGAAAAAAAGGUGGCGCUUUCUGAAGGUGGUUCGUCGGUGUUAAUAAUUUGCGAAGCAGACGAUUGCGCAGUAAAAAUAAGAAGACCGGCGGCAGAUACCUCGAGGUUGUGUCAGUGAAGAAGAAUACAUGUUUUCAGCUAACGUUAAGGGUUAGCGUUAAAUUAAUACUUUAGGCUAACUGCUGCUCGGUAACGACAGGCAGCUCAACUCUACAAAGGUGCUCCGGGACAUGGCCAGUAAUCCCGCGGCUACCUGCCAGGCUAAUGGAGACAGCAAGCCGGGAGGAGUGCCCGCCGCUCGGCGUUCGUGUGGCCACCGGUCCGAGUCUGAAUCUGAUGCUGGACCGACUUCGAAGAGCUUAGCGCGAUUGUGCAGCAGGGAUGACGGGGAGCGGAGAGCGGCUCUGGAGGAGUUAAGCCAAGGGGUUCUCCAGUGUUUAGACCUGGAGCGGCACGGCUCGGAGCGACUGCGUAAACAAACUCUUCUGCAUCUGCUCCGGCUGUCCAGGUCGUGUCCGCUGCAGGAAGUACGGGAGAGAGCCGUCGAGCUCCUGCGGACCGCACAGGAGCAAGGAGUCCAGGUACCUCGGGCUCUGGCCUCAGGUCCAAGUGCCUUUAUCCCUGCAAAAGAGAUUUUAAAAGGAGGGCCAAACCAGGAUGUCCUGAUUGAGUCUUUUCUUUCGCUGGGGCGUGUGGAUCACAUCUCUAUGGUCAUGGCGAUGCACCCAGCCUACCUCUGCUGCUUCCUAAAGACCCAGCAUGCUUUGUUGGAGAUGGACGGCCCCUUGCCCCGUCACUGGAGACACUACAUUGCUGUCAUGGCUGCAGCUCGGCACCACUGCUCAUACCUGGUGCAGCAGCACAGCGCAGGCUACUUGGAGGCCGGAGGGGAGGAGAGCUGGCUAAGCGGCCUGGAGCAUGCUCCCGCCAAACUCCGCAGCCUGCAAACACUCAACAAGCUGCUGGCACACAGACCCUGGCUCAUUACGCAGCAGCACAUCCAGGAACUGGUGUGCCCUGGAGCAGAGCCUCGCUGGUCACUGGCUGAACUGAUACACGCCGUGGUGCUCAUGGCGCACGCUCACUCGUUGUGCUCGUUCGUUUGGGGCUGUGGUUUAAACCCAGAACCUGACCACAUUGGGGGCUACACCUUUCAGCCUCCAUCACUUUCUCACAGUCCUCACAGCCCCGCACACAGCCCCGCUCACGAGGACGGCAGGCACGAGCUGGCUGAUGGAGCCGUGGAGGUGGAGGUGCUGAUGAAGAGGAUGGUGGAGCUGCAGCAGCAGCAGGAGGAGGAGGAGUGCACACAGGAGGAGAUGGUUACUCGCUUUGAAAGGGAGAGGAGCGAAAGCAUACCUACGGCGGUGGUGAGGGGCGCUCCACCUGACCUGGUGUUGCGUCUUGUGGAGGAACCAGAAUUCAGAUAUGAGGACUUUGCUCCCAGAGGAGAGCAGGCACCACCCACCAUGCGAGCACAGGACUAUUCAUGGGAGGACCAUGGAUUCUCUCUGCUUAACAGGCUCCUGCCAGACAUGGGCCAGCUAUUGGAUGAAAACUUUCAGAUUGUGUGCAACUUGACCUACCACAGGAUGGCCAUGCAUGAAGGCGUGGAUACUCACACUCUAAGAAAAGCUCUGUGGAACUACAUCCACUGUCUUUAUGGAAUACGAUACGAUGAUUACGACUACGGCAGUGUGAACGUGUUGCUGGAACGCUCUCUGAAGGUGUUUGUAAAAACCAUGGCCUGUCACCCCGAGCAGACCACAGCACGCAUUUACCACUCCUUCUGGAGACACUUCAGACACUCUGAAAAGGUUCAUGCCAACCUAAUAGUGAUGGAAGCCCGGCUACAGGCGGCACUUCUCUACAUCUUACGAGCUAUUACACACUACAUGAGAUGACAGCCUCGCUUCACUUGCACACAUUUUUGCAGAUGCUGAGCCAGCUGUGAUUUACACCACAGUCCAAUCCUUGUACACACACACACACACACACACUACAGUGAAUGUUUGCUCAUUCAUAUCGUAUGUUUCAGUGUUAAUGUUUUGAUGCUGCUUUGCGCCUGGAAUGUCAUGUAUUUAAAUUGCGUUACCAUUUUGUCUUUAUUUUGUUCCUUUUCUUCUUUUUUGCACUGAAGUCUAUCAUUAGGUUUUAAUUUCACACUUGAACCUCAAGUGGUGCUGUCUUGCACACAUUCUUGUCACACAGACGCCAUGUGCAGUGGUGCAAUUGGGUCUGGCAUAUCAAAAUCAGUGUGGUGAUUCAGAUUGUUUUCAUUGCUGAAUGUUUGCUUGUCAGACAAACGCCAUUGAUCACACCAGUACUACUGAUGACUCAGUCCUCUCUGUCUGUUGCACACUGAGGCUGAGAUGAGACAAACAGCUUGUAUUUUUAUAUACAAUAAAAGUUACUUUGUUAUCAAAAUCAA